AUGGCUCCCGACAUACUCACUCCCGGCACAUUCACUCCUGAAGUUAUCGAAGCUUGGGAAAUAUCUUGUCAAUGCUAUUUCAUGCACAAAUCGACCCCAGCUGCAGUACAAGUCCGAACAGUCGUCUGGAGCAUCCAGGAUCCAAAAGUGCGGAACUGGUAUCAAGUGAAUCAAGCUCGAAUCAGCUCCCUAUCUUUCGACGAGUACAUGUCCGAGCUACGUACCGUGUGUCUUCUGCUGGACUGGGCAGCUGGUGUUCUCAAAAAAAUCUUCAACAGUAAGCAAGGUUCGCGACCGUUCUGCGACUGGGCUAUCGAAUGCCAGUCACAAAACUGUUUACUACGAGGGACCGCUUUUCAUCUGAACGACAUUCUGAUGAAGUGUCUACUCGAAAAUAACAUGGACGACGGACUUGCUCUAGACUACUAUUACGAAAACAUAACCGAAGAAGAUGUGACUCAGUAG